AUUUUCCUGAACGGCAGCAGUGAUGCAAAGUGAAUGACAGCAGCCCAAGCAAAAGGAAUAUUGAUUGAUGGGGCACAGGCAGGGCAGUGGGCGCGCGGGCGGACGGGGGCGACUUCGCUUGCUGUGUCAUGAGACAGGCAGCCCCAAUGGUGGUCCAGAAUGUGUCGGCGAUAGCGAUGUCGAUGGUGAAUGGAUGUUUUUUUUGGUCGGUGCGUGUGUGGGGAGAGUCGGCGUGAGUGCAUGUGCGGUACAAUUCUUCUGCGGUACAGUAUACUGUAUAGAGUAGAACAUCAGUCCUCUUCGGGCAAAUUGCCUACCAAUCCCACUUGGGCAUGUAUACUUGGAAACAGUAGGUGCGAAAUCGCUCCCACGACCAUCAUUCGUGCAUCUGCGGAAAAGGUGCUCACGCCGCCAACAUCAGCCGAGCAGGCUCGAUCACGGGCAGGCGGCACGUCGACCGCGAACAGCUGCGACACUGAGCAUACGCAACGACCGUACGGUGGGAGGGUGGGGGAGGACAGACGAGGCGAUGGGAACUUCUCGACAAACCAGUUUGGUAAGCAGAAGACGAAGAAGAACCUGUUUGUGUAUAUCGUCGGGCAGGACUGCAUUAGGGCGGAGAUCGAUAGGCUGGCGGUGACGGGUAGGUGCAGAUAUCCGCUGCAGACUUGCGCUCCACCGCCGAUGAGGGCUCAGUUCGCACGAUCCCGCCGCCCAUGUUGCUGCUGCUGCUGCCCGAGUAGAGGGAGGGAGAGAAGAGCAGCCUGGCGAACUGUGCCAUUCCGCGCGUGUCCUCCACGGGCGCGCGGAAAGGAUUGAUUCCCAUGACGAUGAUUCUCACGUUUCAGGAUUUGUGUGGAGAUAGACCAUCAUCAUGCUCCUCCCAAGCCCAUGAGCAGCUGACUUGCCCUACGCGCUUCCAGUGACCAUCGCAAACACGAUUCAGAUCGGCUGCAAGCAUUUUGAGCAGUAAAAUCCGUCUGAAUGGACAGUUCACGACGAGCAGAAGCGCCCUCAAUCAAACUCCCAACAGGCGAUGAGGUCCAACUGACAGGUU